GAGCGCAGGCCUGCACUGGGUAGUUUAACAUGGGUACCUCCAGCUCCUCCGCUCUGGCGCGCCUCGGCCUCCCGGGCCAGCCGCGGUCCACCUGGAUCGGCGUCGCCGCGCUGGGACUGGCCGCGGUGGCGCUGGGGACCGUGGCCUGGCGUCGCGUGCGUCCCCGGCGGCGCCGGAAGCUGCAGCAGGUGGGAACGGUGUCUAAGGUCUGGAUGUACCCGAUCAAGUCCUGCAAGGGGGUGUCGGUGAGCGAGACCGAGUGCACCGAAAUGGGGCUGCGCUGCGGCAAAGUGCGCGACAGGUUUUGGAUGGUGGUUAAGGAAGAUGGACACAUGAUCACUGCCCGCCAAGAGCCUCGCCUUGUGCUGGUCUCCAUCACCUUGGAGAACAACUAUCUGACCCUCGAAGCUCCAGGCAUGGACCAGAUGAUUUUGCCUAUCAAGCUGCCUUCUUCGAAUAAGAUCCACGACUGCAGGCUAUUUGGUCUCGACAUUAAAGGCAGAGACUGUGGCGAUGAGGUAGCUCAGUGGUUCACCAACUACCUGAAGACUCAACCCUACAGGUUGGUUCAAUUUGAUACCAGCAUGAAAGGAAGAACAACAAAGAAACUUUACCCUUCUGAAAGUUACCUUCAGAAUUACGAGGUAGCCUACCCAGACUGCAGCCCUAUCCACUUGAUCUCUGAAGCCUCCUUAGCCGAUCUCAACACCAGGCUGAAGAAGAAAGUCAAGAUGGAAUACUUCAGGCCAAACAUCAUGGUGUCGGGCUGCGAGGCUUUUGAGGAGGAUACUUGGGACGAGCUCCUGAUUGGUGAUGUGGAAAUGAAGAAGGUGUUGAGCUGCCCUAGGUGCAUUUUGACCACAGUGGACCCAGACACUGGAGUCAUAGACAGGAAGGAGCCGCUGGAAACCCUGAAGAGCUACCGCCUGUGUGACCCGUCUGUGAAGAGUUUGUACCAGACAUCUCCCCUUUUUGGGAUGUAUUUCUCAGUGGAAAGAAUUGGAAGCCUGAGAGUCGGUGACCCUGUGUAUCGUAUGGUGGAUUAAUGGGCCCAGUGUCUGACAAGCUCCCAGGUUCUAGGAGAUACUUCUGCAAGUCCUUACUGCCAGCCAUGACCGUCUUCCUGGAAAUAAGCCUCCGUUUUUCCUUCAGAGCGUUGUACACCUGAGUUAAUUUGAGAAAGUACAAGAGGUGGUUUGGGAAUAUUAGAUAAUGAUGUUUUUAAAAAUAAAUGGAAUUGUGAACAGUUAUUCUGAAUGGCCCUACCCCUGUUACCUUUUUCUAAUUACUGCCUUUAACAUUGCGUAGUAAAGCAAGUUUAGAGUCAACUUAAAAGCUGCCAAAUUUUAAAAGAAAAUGUUUAUACGUUUUAUAGGUGUAUGUGUGAGAGGUGGGGGAACGAGUCCUCAUGUCCUGAUGUCAGUGUGCUAAUUCUCAACCUGAAUGUUGAGCCCUGUUGAGUUUUGAUUAUAGAGCCAGGAUUAUGCUUAAAUAUAGGAAUGAUUCCAUAGAUCAUGGGGUUAUUUUAUUCUUUGUAUCUUUAUGUUUCAUUAGGAUUCUAUUAAAACAUAUGAUUUAUCUUU